GUAUCUAUGUUUAACAUGCGCGAUAGGUUCCUAGCCACAAAUUGGAUCGCGUUAAUUGGUCCCAUACUUGGAUCUUGAUACUCUCUGGGAUGAAGUCAUGGAGUAGCCUCAGCCUUGCGAUACGACCACCGGUGCUCAUCUUGGAGAACGAUAUAGUGAACCUGUAUACCUUCGCCAUUAGCUAUACCUCUAAAACUUAAGGACUCACAAUGGGGAACUUCGCUUCGCCUAAUUCAGAAGACCUUAAAGAUGACAAGGAGACAAAUGUGCUGGCAGAGCUCUACCAUGCUCUCGACUCACAGCCCACGGGUGUCGAGAUACACGAGAUGUUGGUUGGUGCCUGGGAGUCAAUAGGGGAAUUAGACAUGGCAUAUGGUGCUGCCGAUGUGCUUCUUCAGCUUGACCCCCGAAACAACGUAGCAUCGGAAUACCUUCGGCAUACAAAGUUCAGCAGAAGUCGGGACGAGAGAAUGUCUGCAUGCGAGGUUCUCCAUAUGGAGAAAAGGCUAGAAAAAGGUUAUAGAUCGCUCCGUCUUGACGCCGAAAUCCUCAGUGUGGAGCUCUCAUCGCCAUUCAUUCGGGAUGCCUCAGACAAUCAAGCAAAGGCAUUGUCCGUUCUUGAUUCAAUCAGCAGCGGCAAGGUUUCAUCCGCGGUAUCCGUCAGCCAACCGGUCUCGGUACGCGAGGCCGCCAGAGGAGUCCUUGCCAACUUCGAGCAGGCAACGGAGCUGAUACUGGAGGAUUUUGAAGAAGUCGUGCAAUGGAUGACGAAUCAAAUCGGGAAACUAGACACAGAAAAGAUCCGACAAAGGCUCGCAAAACGACGGACGCAUCUCGAAGCCGCGCUCCCCGAGUCGAUGCAGAAGAACAUCGCCACGGCGUUUCAGCUGACCGAAAGAGACCAUCUGCAGAGGAAGUACGAGAACACAGAGACUAUAUACGGAGAUAAAAUAGAAGAUAUCCCGCCGGCGAACUUCUUCGUCUCGGAAGAUAACUAUGCCUUUGAUAUGGAAGAGCUAGCUCAGGGCAUCGCGAUCCAAGACGGGGUGAUGCGAAACCUGCUCAGCCGGCAAAUGUUCUCGCAGUCCGACAUCCAGACCAUUCUCGCGCACCCGCUCGGCGAGCGCUUAAAGCCCUUAGAGGAGGCACAGCAGCGAUUGAAGAAGGGCGUCCGCACCGCCACGAUCGCCCGGAUCGAGGAACUGGGGAAGAUCAUGCUGGCGGAUCACUCCAUGGACGGCGGGAAGAGUCAGGAAGGGGUGGAGGAAUUCCUCGCGUUCGUCGCGACGCUUCCGUCCGCGGAACAGGAUACCGUCAGGCAACUGAAGGUACCGGCGGCAGAUAAUCAUACGGGGCAGCCGUUCGACUAUUCCAUUGCGGAAUCCAUCGAUGAUGCGAGAGCGGGGACGACAUGCUAUCACAAGGUUGGCGACUUUCUAUCUCAAGCCGCGGAUUUCCUGCGCCAGCAAUAGCGACGAACUUUUCAUCUUCAACUAUCCGACGUAGACCUACAUGUUCCGGAUAAAGUACGUGCUAGAGGGAUUGUAAAGGUCGCGUGGAGGGCGACACGUACAAAUGGCACGAUCUCAUGACCUUUACGAACGGAAGAGGGGAGGCUACCGGCUCUUUUAUAUAAAAAGGCAAGCAAGUGUUCACAGAAUCAAAAACAUUGAUGAUCAU